AUGGCAGACUCAAAUUCUCAUCCAUCCACCAACGCCUUGCCGGCCAUGGACGCCAUCGACCUGAUGAUCCUGAACAAGAGCCUUGUUGCUGCGGCUGCUGGCGCUGCGCCGAGCAUCACCCAACUCUACAACCUUAUUGUCGAGCUGCAAGACAGACGUGACCCCUUGAUCCAGCUAUACGCAGAACUUGGCGAGUUCGGGCGAGUGUUGGAAACGCUGCGUAUGAGCCUCGACGGCUCAUUGAGUCGCGUCACCAAGAACGAACAAGAAAUGCUGCAAGAGUGCCGCCAGCUGCUCCAAGACUGCAAGAUAGUCUGCGAUGAGCUCUUUGCCAAACUCAGCGCCUGGGCGCGUGAUGAUAUCCAGCACGGCCUCAUCGCGGUUUCUGAUGCCGCAGUCAAACUGCAUAUAUGGAAAAUGCGCCUCGACCCCAUGGCUAUAGUCAUGCAGUUCAACCCAGACGGCACCGACUUGGCUAAAGCUGACGAAGUGGGAAAGGCCAUCGAAAGCGUCCAAUGGGAUAUCUCUACGGAGCUACGUCAAGUCAACUGCCAGCUCAGAUCAUUCAGCCAGGGGAUGGACCAUGACGAGGAAACCGACCCUGCGGCAUGGGACAUAUUCCAAAAGAUUCUACUGCCAUCGAAAAUCCGGCAAGCCGCUUUGUUAAAGAGCAUUAGGGUGUGCGAAACUGUCGCUGAGGUCCUAAAGGAAAAGCAAACGCCUGAAAUCGCAGAGUAUAUCACUGUUGAAAAUCGCUGUGAUUUUAGUCCAUUGGGGCAAACUGCAGCAAGGGGUCAUUGGGUGCGGCAUUCUGGAAGCAUAAGCACGGCAAAGUAUGACUAA